CCGCGUAGCCAUCAACUUCGGACGAGCGACGGACGCUACUUCAAGACAAAAAUACAACUCAAUUUAUUCUAUUCUGCCUUGUUUUGGAUUUUUACGAGAUGGCGGCGUGGCGCGGGAACUUUUUCAUUUCAUCGCGGGGAGCAUUUCUCUGGAGCACGACUUUCAUUAUGUUAAGUGGUAUCGUAUCGUGUGAACGUCAGUGCUACUGGUGCGGCCCCCUGGCGGAGCAGGUGCACCGCAGCCGCCGAGCGCCGCCCUGCGACCUCCCCACCAGCCACGUCACCACGUGUGAGCCGGGCCUCGCGUACUGCGCUGUUGUUGCUACAUCACCUCCAUACGUCGAAUCAAGAUUGUGCGUGAAAUUAUAUCAAGAUGAGUGCUAUCCUUUAUUUUGUAACUCAACAAAGACAUGGAAAAUGACGUGCCCUUGCCGCGACGACUUAUGUAAUGGCAAUAACACUGAACGUGAAAACGAAGCCUUCGCCGUUUUAGCAAAACUCGUAGCAAAGUCACAAAAUGUUCGCAUCAAAAAGAGAGAAAUAUCUCCAAAUUUUAAUUCAUCAAAUCGGGACCGCACAAUUAUAAUAACAAACAUAACAGAAUUAAAUCAGACAAACGAGGAAAUUAAUGAGAUACAUGAAGACGAUCAAAUGAUAGUUGUAACAGCGAUAUCUCGGCCUGAACAAUCUAAACAAGACGUCAGUGUUGACAGUAGCAAUCCGACCAGUCUAAAACCUAAAGAAAACCUUAGUACAGAAAAUGGUAUAGAAAAUUCCAGUACUGAAAAUCCAACAACUUCUGAAUAUGACCAGCAAGAAAGUUCUGAAAAUCCUGCCAUUAAAGUAACAACUCAAAAUGUCAACAAAGAAAUUGAUAACACAAAUCUUGGCUCUACAAAUUCAACAAGUCAGAAAGACGACAUUGAGGAAAAUGUCGGAGAUCCCGGUACUACAAUUUCUUAUACUGAAACUGCGGCACACAAAGAAACCGAAAGUACAACACCUAUUACCAUAAUGCCUACAACAACUGGUAUCAAAGAAAACUUAACUAAUAACAUUAACAUGAAAUCCAGUGAACAAUUACCGACAGCUGAGGCAUUACAACAAAAUGAUAGUCCAUCUGUUACAAGUACUAAAACUACUGAGCCCAUAAAAAUGGAGUCAACUGUUUCAAAUACGAAAGAGCAUGAAACCACAACAGUGGAACCUACUAAAGGUGGUGGGAAUUUUGCUACGCGGUUUUCUUUAAACACUUAUACUCUUUUAGCAGGAAUGUUUGUCAUUGUAUUUUUGUAA